AUCGAAAGCAUCGAUAGCACUAUCAUCGAUAACAGCAUUUGUUUUUUUUAAGGAAAAGUCUAAACUUUAGCCCUAAAUUAUUCGCGUAAAUCUACCUCUACCUCCUCAUGGACGAUCUUAAUCCCCUCGCCGGCACAGCUCAUCUUCUGGAAGAGGUUGACAAGAAGCUAAUGGUUCUGUUGCGGGACGGACGGACGCUGAUUGGAUAUCUGCGCUCGGUGGACCAGUUCGCCAACCUGGUGCUGCAGCGCACCAUCGAGAGGAUACAUGUGGGCAACGAGUACGGCGACAUUCCACGUGGAGUCUUCAUCAUUCGUGGCGAGAAUGUGGUGUUGCUGGGCGAAAUUGAUCGUGAGAAGGAGCAAAAACUCCCACUCAAAGAAAUAUCCGUCGACGAAAUCCUGGACGCCCAGCGUCGGGAGCAGGAGCAGCGACAGGAGAAACACCGUCUGGUAUCCAAGGCGCUCAAAGAGCGAGGGCUGGCCGUUGACGCCAAUAUAAUCAACGAGGACUUUUGUUAAGAGCAGGACGCUCUAUUACUAUUCAGAGAUAGAUUAAGCUCAAAGAUUUGUCUAACUUUGUAAGAGCAGGUAGCUCUAUUACUCUUCACAGAUAGAUUAAGCUCAAAGAUUUUCGUCACUUUGUAUAUUUGUACUGCAUUAAAAAACUAUAUAUUAAAAUCUA